GUCCUUCUCCUCUCUUCACGUUCACACGAACCCAUGUUAUUAUUUCAACUUUUAGAACUCACACUCUAAAAUUCACAAACUCACAAGCGGGCCCUUUAAUGAUCCUUCUAAGUUCUAGCACAUUUCUUCUUCUAGAAAAAAAUUGCUCAAAUUUGGCCUUAUUAUUUUGGUUGCACGGUGAACAUGGACCUUUGCCGGAGUCGCUCUCCAUUCACAAUUCCAGCUGCCGUAGAGAGUACUUACCAAUUACCAAAGUACUACAGCGGUUUCUCGAUGGCCUUUCUCUUCAACAAAUUUCAAGAGUCCGUGAAGGUGCUUGCUAAAUUUCCCACAUUUGCAAGAGAUCCAAGACAUGUUCAGUUUGAAUCAGAUAUAAAUCGCCUUUGCCUUUAUACUAGCCACCACCGUCUGGGGAAGGGAGCUGAUGAAAAAGAUGCCGAAGAGAUUAUUGAUAUGGCUAGUAAUGCCCCCCUCAAUGAUCAACAAAAGCAAGUUCAGGAAAACGUUCAUUCUCAAAUUGAAACCUUCUGUACUUGUAUGGAUGAGAUUUUAUUGCCUGAUUUGAAGAGCCGAGUUGAGCCCCAAUUACUCUCUGAAACUAUUAACCCACCUCGUCGUGGUGGUCUUAGUCUUGCCGUUGGUGGAAGUUCUCCAUUGAAUAAUUGCUCCGCUGUUCCUGAAACCAAGGGUCUAAAGCGUGUGGAGGUUUCUCAGAGGCUGAGGGAGCUUAUUGGUUACACACUUGAAAUCAAACCAUCUCAAAUUCCUCAUGAAGAUGCUGGCCUUGGUUUAUUCUUGAACGGGGAAGCGGAUCCUGGUGCUGUUAUAGCAUUCUAUCCUGGUGUGAUCUACUCUCCAGCAUACUACCGUUACAUCCCUGGAUACCCAAGAGUUGAUGCACAAAAUUCAUACUUGAUCACCAGGUAUGAUGGGGCAGUGAUCAAUGCAAAGCCCUGGGGUGCUGGUGGCGAAUCUCGUGAAAUGUGGGAUGGAUCACAAACCACACCUCCCCCGGUUAAAGCCCAAAACGGCUCUGACCGAAUCUGGGCCAUGCUUAGUAAACCCUUGGAUGGCACAAGUGGUGGAGGAGGGCAUAAAGGUGGUCAAGUGUUGGAGAGGAGGAACCCUUUAGCAUUUGGACAUUUUGCUAAUCACCCAGCAAAGGACACCACCCCAAAUGUUAUGAUCUGCCCCUACGACUUUACCCUCAGCGGUGACCAUGAGGGCUUGAGACCUUACAUCCCAAAUGUUUCAUUUGGAAAUGGGGAGGAGGUGAGGAUGAAGAAAUUAGGCAGCUUCUGGUUUAAAACAUGGAAAUCAAGCGGCACUGGGGAAGACACCGUUCCUGUCCUUAAGUCUCUUGUUCUUGUUGCUACUCGACCUAUUUGUGACCAAGAAGAAGUGCUCUUGAAUUACAGAUUGAGCAACUCAAAGAGAAGGCCUGCUUGGUAUGUUCCGGUUGAUGAAGAAGAGGAUCGAAGAAGGUGGAGUUAAGGUAUACUUGCACCCAACAUAUUAUUGCUCUAUAAACCUCUCGCGGGGAAACACUGAAUUUAAGUUUCAAAAAAUGUACUCCUUAUUGCCUUCGUUCCUUAUUUGGGUUCUCACUUUUCUCUUUGGACGUCGUAUAAUAAAGUUUUCAUUCUUUUUUUUAAGAAUGAGUUGUGACCAUAUUAUUUCUUUAAGUUUUGCAUAAAUUUUUACCAGGUAG